CACGAUGCCAAUCUUAGUAUGUUUUAGUUAAUAAAAUAUACUCAACAAUGAAUAUGAUAUGUGGACGCCUAAGGAAUAGGGGAUUGCUGACACUCUCCGGGAAAGAUUCUUUGUCGUUUCUCCAGGGACUCACAUCCACUGAUGUUUCAUCGCUAACCAAGAACAUUAAGAAGAUAUUUCCCACACUUUUCCUCGGCUCUGAUGGAAGAAUAUUAUCAGAUGGUUUACUUUCUAGAGAUGGAGAACGUAUUUUAUUAGAAACAGCGUCUGGAAAUAUACCGACACUUUCAAAUCUUAUCGCACGACGUAAAGUCUCAGCCAAGGUUGAUUAUAGUAUUGAAAAAAACUACUCAGUCAAUGCAUAUAUCCCAAAGGAGCUCUUACACUUGAUUCGUAAUGGGCCACAGGGGGAUACAGUUUCAAAUACGUCCUUGCAACCUCCCGAUUAUGAAUGCGAUAUGCCAAUAUUGGCAAGGAAAUAUAUCGCUUAUGAUGCGACAAAUCAGUACCGGGAUAUAACAGAACCGUACAGAUUAUAUUUGACUUUAAAUGGUUUCGCAUUACCGUUGCCGAAAGAGGUAAAAACACUGAAAUUGUUACCACAGGACAUGUUCCUGCAUAGAAUGGGCCUAGUUGCUCAAAACAAAGGCUGUUACGUUGGACAAGAGAUUAUGAAUCGUGUGAUGAUUGGAACAUUGACACAUAAAUACCACAUGAAUUUCGUCAUACGAAGAGACCAUUUUGAGAAUUGUAGAAUCGCACAAAAGAUACCCAGUUUCUUGGAAACAACAAAGUUGUAUCGCAUUCUUGCAGAGAAAUACGGUGCACAUGAUGCCCACAGCAUCAUGUGUCAGAUACUAAAUGAAGUAACAGAAGAAACCCCAAAUGAAGAAGUACAAUCUAAGCACCCAGUUGUUAUAUACUACACAAAUGGAUUGGGGUUGGUUCUGAUUCCCAGAAGGGGAUCAGAGGGAAAUGCGGUGUUGAUAAAUGGCCAAGACCACAAAGCUUUCCCCCUAUAAUAUCGGUAC